AACCACAACAACAACAAAAACAACAACAAAAACAACAACAACAAAAACGACAUCAAUCUUCAUAUAAAUAUGAUUGGGAACGAAUUGAUUAUGAUCAAAUUGAUUUUAAUGAUAAUCGACAAAUAAAACGAUCAUUUUGGAAUGUAAUAUUACCUGGUUUAAUGUCAACAAUACAAACAAUUGGUGCUGGUCUUUAUGUAAUCCGACCAGAUUAUUUUCAAAAAUUUGCAUUUAUCGGUACGUUUGCCAGAUUUAAUCCAUCUGAAGGACGUGAAUAUUUUCUUACAGCAUGGACUAUUGCUGCAUUUUCUGUUGUUAUUAUGAUGUUUUAUUGUUUACCAACAAGAGCAAAAAAAUUUCAAUUUUUACGUAUAUUACGUUUGAAUGAAAAUAAUAAUCAUUAUUUGGAUGAUGAUGAAUUCAAACGAUUUAAACAAUUACGUGAACGUAUUUUUUCAAUUGUACGAACAUUUGCAUUAAUUAUUGAAUUAGUAAAUCCAUUUGGUUUUAUACCAAUAAUCAUUGAACUUGAAGCAUAUAAAAUUUCAAUGUUUUGGACAAUUAUAUGGUUUAUUAUUGUACAUGUUAAUCUUUGGUAUCUAUCUGUAGCUCAAUAUUUUGGACCAAUAUUUGUAUCAUUAUUACAAUAUUAUUUUCGUUUACGACAACGUAAUCUAAAAAAACGUUUAAUACGUUUACAAAAAAUUUUUCAACAAUAUAAUCAAUUGGAUGAUCAACAACAACAACAAUUAAUCAAUCAACGAAUAUUAUUUAGACAAAUUAAUGUUGAAAUUUAUCGUAUUAAUCGUUUAUAUGGUAAAUUACGACAGGAAAUUUAUUCGGCAAGUAAACAAUUACGACGAUUUGUAACAACAAUAUUUAUUGAUCUUAGUUUACAAGCAACAUAUCUUAUAUCGGUUGUUGUUUAUACAAAAUUAGCACCAGCUAUAACAUUAGUUAUUUUACAAAUAACAACCGGUAUAACAACAAUGUUAAUUAUUUUUAUGUAUAGUUCAUCAAUGCUUGAAUAUGAAGAUAGAAAAUUUUUUACUAUCAAACAACAAUGUCUUCAUUUUUUCUAUUUAAAACGUAAUAUUGUUACAUCGAAAAAUUUGAUCAAGGUUUGUUUUGUAUUUUUUUCAUUCUUCAUUAUAAUGAUCACCUUUUGUUUUUCUAUCUGAAUAUUAUUUAUCCAGUUUGG